AUGACUAGCAAUAGCAAAUACACAAAUUAUUUUAUAUUUGAAAAAACUAAAAUUUCCUGUCGGCAAGAAAAUUGUGAUUAUUUUUAUGCACCGAAAAAUGAAAGUGGUUUUCCAACGACUUCUUUGCGUAAACAUUUAGAGCGAAGGCAUCCAUCAGUGUUUUCUGAGCUCCUCCAAUUCGAAAAAUCAGAAAAAGAGAUGGGUGAUGGAACAGAAAAACUUAAACAGACAAGUUUAAAAAGAAUAUUUUCCAUUUCUGCCGGUUCGGCUUCAACAUCCCAAGGAAUGACAACAACAAAACAGCCGAAAAUAGAAGAAUCAUUUAGUAAGAAUUAA